AUGCCCGCAGCCAGGGUGGAGCCCGACGCCUCAGUUACAACGUGGGGAUCAGCGCGUGCGAGAAGGGCGAGCAGUGGCCGCAUGCUCUGUCGCUGCUCAGCGAGAUGGCGGAGGCGAUGUUGGAACCCGACUCAGCUACAGCGGUGGGAUCAGCGCGUGUGGGAAGGGCGCGCAGUGGCAGCGGGCUCUGGCGCUGCUCAGCAAGAUGUCGGAGGCGACAUUGGAGCCCGACGUCAUCGGCUGCAGCGCUGGGAUCAGCGCGUGCGAGAGAGGCGGGCAGUGGGAGCGCGCUCUGGUGCUGCUCCGAGAGAUAUCGGAGGCGCAGUUGGAGCCAAACGUGAUUCUAUCUACAAUGCUGGGAUGAGCGCGUGCGAGACAUGCGAACAGUGGCAGUGGGCUUUGGUACUGCUCGGGGAGAUGUCAGAAGCGAAGUUGGAGCCCGACGUCAUCAGCUACAACGCUGGGAUCAGCGCCUGCGAAAAAGGCGAACAGUGGCAGCGGGCUCUGGCGUUGCUCAGCGAAAUCUGGAAGGUGAAAUUGGAACGCACUGUUAUCAGCUACAGCGCCGGGAUCAGUGCGUGCGAGAAGGGCCAGCAGUGGCAGCGAGCUUUGGCGCUGCUCAUCGAGAUGUCAGAAGCGGAGCUGGAGCCCAACGUUAUCAGCUGCAGCGCUGGGAUCAGCGCCUGCGAGAAAGUCGGGCAGUGGCAGAGGGCUUUGGCGCUGCUCGCCGACAUGGUGGAGGCGAAGUUGGUGCCCAACGUCAUCAGCUACAACGCCGGGAUCAGCGCCUGCGAAACAGGCGAGCAGUGGCAGCCCGCCUUGGCGCUGCUCGGCGAGAUGGCCGAAGCGCGAUUGAAGGCCAACUAG